GAAGAGGAUUUUCAUCCUUGACCUAAAUACCCUCUUUUUGUGGUUAUCCCCAAACCUGUAUUUCCCUUCUCAACCCUCACCAGCGUUGCUUCUGGUACCCUUGCUGUAAUCCCAAUCUUUUCAUCUCUUCUCCAAAUUCCGAUUUUCUCCACUUCCCCGCCAAUUUUCAUCAACCCCUUUUCAAAUCACUCUUCCUUCUCCCUCAACCCCCCAAAAAACCCCUUCUUUGCACUCCGAUCUGCAUCUCAAUGCUCUGAACUCUCGUUUUCUGCCUAAUUCACCAUUACCCACCUCCCCUUUUACGUUUUUUUCGAUCCUGAGACCAUGGCUCGAUACCCUUUUGGAAUUUGGUGAAAGCUUUCAGUGUCUUGCAACAGUGUCUCGGCCAUAAAACAGUUAUUUGUAUUGUAAGCUGAGCAGCAGUUAUUCUUCUUGUUAUAUACAGUGAUUCGUGUCUUCAAUGGCUAACCACGAUUUGGUACUUGGUCAAAGUCACAAUUUGGCACUUGGUCAUGACCAGCAAGUGGCACUGAGUCAUAAUCAUAAUUUGGGCCUCAGCCAGAAUCAUGCAUUGGAACUGGGAUCAGGCGAUGAGCAUCAUUUGGGCUUGGGACAGACCCAGGAUCAUGAAUUGGGCUUGGGACAUGCCCAUGACCAUGAAUUGGGGUUAGGACAGAACCAUGAUAAUGAAGGUGAUGGUGGUCAUAAUUAUGAGCAUGAGCAUGGGCAUGAACUAGCCUUGGAUCAAAAACCUGAGCAUGAUGACAAUGAGCUUCCCCUUUCUGAACAAAAUCAUGAGUUGGUCCUAUCAGAAAACAAUGAUUUGACUGUGUCGGAAAAUCAAGAAUUUGAUGAGAACAUGGACCUGUCUGUGGUUCAGAACCCAGAAAUGGGCAUUGAUUCUACUGGUGAUAUGGGAGUUCAACACUCAAUGUUUGUGACUUCUCCCUCACUCCAUGUUAUUCAGGCUCGUACAGUUCCUGCAAAUCCUACUUAUGAAUUGUCAGUGGGACAAGAAUUCCCUGAUGUCAAGAGUUGCCGAAGAGCAUUGAGGGAUACAGCAAUUGCUUUGCACUUUGAGAUACAAACUAUCAAAUCUGACAAGACCCGCUUUACUGCUAAAUGUGCUAGUGAAGGAUGCCCCUGGCGCAUUCAUGCAGCAAAGCUCUCAGGGGUUCCAACAUUUACUAUUAGGACAAUCCAUGAGAGUCAUACAUGUGGAGGAAUUGCUCAUCUUGGUCAUCAGCAAGCUUCAGUUCAAUGGGUUGCUAACUCCGUGGAACAAAGGCUGAAGGAGAACCCGAAUUGCAAGCCAAAGGAGAUAUUGGAAGAGAUUCAUAGGGUUCAUGGUAUCACUUUAUCGUACAAACAAGCAUGGAGAGGCAAGGAGCGUAUCAUGGCUGCAAUGCGUGGAUCUUUUGAGGAGGGGUAUCGCUUGCUUCCACAAUACUGUGAACAGGUGAAACGCACAAACCCAGGCAGUAUUGCAUCUGUUUAUGCUAAUCCAGUUGAUAAUUGCUUCCAGCGUCUCUUCAUUUCCUUUCAAGCAUCUAUAUAUGGAUUUUUAAAUGCUUGUCGACCGCUCCUGGGGCUUGAUAGAACAUAUUUGAAGAGCAAGUACCUCGGUACAUUACUUCUUGCAACUGGGUUUGAUGGUGACGGGGCUCUCUUUCCUCUGGCAUUUGGUGUUGUUGAUGAAGAGACUGAUGAUAAUUGGAUGUGGUUUCUGUCUGAACUUCGUAACCUGCUUGAGAAUAACACUGAAAACAUGCCAAGGCUUACUAUUCUGUCUGAUAGACAGAAUGCAAUUGUGGAUGGAGUGGAAGCAAAUUUUCCUACAGCUUUCCAUGGAUUUUGCAUGCGUCACUUGAGUGACAGCUUCCGCAAGGAAUUUAACAACACUAUGCUUGUCAAUCUUCUCUGGGAAGCAGCUAAUGCUCUUACUAUAAUUGAAUAUGAAGCAAAAGUUUUGGAGAUUGAAGAGAUAUCACAAGAUGCUGCGUAUUGGAUUCGAAGAAUUCCACCUCGCCUGUGGGCCACGGCUUAUUUUGAGGGGCAAAGGUUUGGUCACUUGACAGCUAACAUUGUUGAAUCUUUAAACACUUGGAUAUUGGAAGCAUCUGGGCUUCCCAUAAUCCAAAUGAUGGAAUGCAUUAGAAGGCAGCUAAUGACUUGGUUCAAUGAGCGCCGCGAGACCAGCAUGCAGUGGGCCUCAAUUCUUGUACCUUCUGCUGAGAGAUGUGUUGCUGAGGCUCUUGAACGCGCGCGCACAUAUCAGGUUCUUCGUGCCAAUGAAGCUGAGUUUGAAGUCAUAUCUCAUGAAGGGUCAAACAUAGUUGAUAUCAGGAACCGUUGCUGCCUUUGCCGUGGCUGGCAGCUCUAUGGCUUGCCGUGUGCACAUGCUGUGGCAGCACUCCUCUCCUGCAGGCAGAAUGUGCAUAGAUUCACUGAAAGCUGUUUCACGGUUGCAACUUAUCGCAAGACAUACUCCCAAACCAUACAUCCAAUUCCUGAUAGAUCUUUCUGGAAUGAGUUGUCUAUUGAGGAUGCAAAUGCUAACAAAGCUGUUGAGGAUGCAAAUGCUAGCCAAUCUAUUGAAAUUGUUAUUAACCCACCUAAAUCACUGAGGCCUCCAGGAAGACCAAGAAAGAAGCGAGUUCGUGCAGAAGACCGCGGGCGUGUUAAGCGUGUGGUGCAUUGUAGUCGCUGCAAUCAAACAGGACACUUUAGAACCACAUGUGCAGCACCCAUCUGAUAAAUAACCUUAAUUUAGUUAUUGUAUGCUUCCUGUCCUGUUUAUUAGUAUUUAUUAUUUAGAAUUCAUAGCUUAGGUUGGUGAGUAGAUGAUGUGUGUUUUUUACUUGACAUUAAUGUGAAUUAGUUUGUAGCCAAGUACUCUACGUGUAUAUACUCUGCAAUAAUUGACACCGUUCAAUAAGGCAUGUAUUGUGAUCGCA